AUGGAGAUCAAAUCAGGGACAGCUCUUGUCACAGGCUCAACCUAUCGAUCAAAUCUCACAAUUAUCAUUAUUCUUUGCAUACUUUUAAUGCUCAGUAUUGUGGGCUCGGUGGUCGCGUGGAAUGUGUGUUGGCGGAUGAAAAAAGAGCGAUUGGUUCAUGAGAUUCAAAUGCAAUUUCUCGUUCAUUUUCGACAACAACACGAUAUUGUUGAGACAGCAGCAAUGGCAGCCAUGCAACAACAACAGCAAUCAUUUGGCGGUCAAUCCUCUCAUCCAUCCGGUGUCCUAACACAUUCUGAAUUCUCCCCUCUCUCCAAUCCACAACAAAUGCAAUCGGUGCCCACCCAGAAGAGAAAACUUUACUUUUCAACAGACUUUUUCGAGCCAAAUCACAUGAUCAAUCCACCACCGAUGGCUGAGCAAUUUCUCUAUGAUCUCCGAAAAAUGAUCGAUGUGGCAAAGGAGCGAAUUCGUUUGAAGCGUCACAUUCCCCAACUACCGGGAAUCGUUGAAGACAUUGAAGAGGACAAGUCAACUAAACGAGAAGCUCAGUCACAUUCAAUAUAUGAAAAUAUUCAAAAUCAACAAGAAUCUCCGAGAUCCGGAAAAUCGGUGGAUUCUGGGAAUGAAAGCCCCGAAGAAUCGGGUGAAUUAUUGACAACAUCGUCUGACGGAAGUGAUGAAGAAAAGGCGGAAAAUGGGGAAAAUCAAGAAAAAUCGAAAAAUGAUGCACUGAUUGAUGGAGAAGGACAAGUGAAGCGACUUGUCAGUGGAUUCGAAGCUGCAAAUUCUCCAAUAACGACACCGAGGAUUCUACAACAAUCAAGAAUCCCCACACUAUCCCCAAAAACUUCAAGAGCCAAUUUGACACUCGGAGCGAAUGCUCCGAAUGAAAGAGUGAUUCCAAUCAAACAAAUCCCCGCCGCAUCGAGUCCUUCGGGGUUGAACGCUUAUCGAAAAACAAAAAAUAAGGGCUACGCUGUGUUUCCUGUUGAUCCAAUGCUUAAAAAGUCGCUCCCGAGAAGGCCAAAACGCGAAGCGAUUCAACAGAGAAAUCGAGAAGUUGAAAAGUGU